GGCGAAAUUAUCGGACAUAUGUUUAGACAUAGAGUCUUCCAAGACUAGCAGAGGCAAUAAUGAGUUAGUUACAUGGAUGGCAUCCUCUGAGCACCCAAAACUGAUGCGAACGUAAAUUUAUACCAAACAGAUUAUUUCUUUUCGAUCUUACACAUUUUCUUCUUUGACUUUGGAAGUCUUCGUUCAUUUGUGUCAAUUGUUCGAUUUUUUUCCAAUUUACAUUAUCUAUUCGAUCACUUUUUUAGCUUCUUUGUAUGCCUUACGGUAUAACUAUAAUCGCAAACGUUUCAUAGGGGUGGGACGAAAGUUGAUCCGUUUGCUGAUGUCAUCCGUAUAAUCAUGUCAGUGAGGCAUUGUUCUGCCUUAGGGCACAGGUACUGUGCGAACCUGGAUAGACUGCUAGGUUUAGUGAUUACAUUGAACUUAAAAGCAGUCAUACCAUUUCGUUCAGAUGAAAAUCAAGGAUGUUAUACACAGCGUCCUUCGUAAAAAUGAAAAUGGUAGCGUCCAGGCAAGUUCAAAAUCAAUUUCAUUACGUAUACCACAUAUGUUAAAUUGUUUAUGACACACGCACACUACGCUUUGAAAAAAGGAAAUAAAGCGUUAAAAACACCCCUACGUGAACUUUUGAAAUAGAAAAUUCCCCUUUACGUGGCAACGCGUGUCAAGGUUCAGUAAAAGUCCAAAGGCCAUCAACUAGACCCAUUCCGUGUGCUAACAUGUCGGACUUACAGGUCAAGUCACAAGAAACGACAGGGCCAUUUGCCGAAGACUUCGUGUUUUUAGCGGAGAUGAAAGAUUUCGUUCUGUCGCAGGUCAAUCCUGCAGGCGCUAAAUUACCUGAAAUAACCGACGCCAUGAAAGGAACGUUUUACGAGCUGAGUGACGGUAGGAAAAUACAAUGUGUUUUCCCUAACGGGAAACGCAGACUUCAAGAAUGCUCGUCUAAAGAAUGGUUAUUUGUGGGAUUCUUGGGAAGAAAACUGCCACGUGAAGACAUCCCCUUUGAAGUGGAAAGUUCGGUGUGGGAGAGUAACACGGGGCUGGUCUCACAACUACAAACACAUGGGGACAUUCUGGCUUACUGCUCAGCGGAGAGAGAGUCGGGCGGGGACUGGGGGAACAUUAUCUUCAUGGCCAGCCAGGCGGCGCUGCUGCACUGGCGACAGUUAGAACUGCACAGUGGCACGGUCAGAGAUCUGUCACCCCGGUAUUACAGAGAUAUACGGAUCCACUGCGGUCUACUGAAGCAUUGGGAACGGGCUGACUGUUUCCUGCACCAAAGGACCAUCUUUCUGGACUACAGGGACUUUUCAACCACCGGUAAAAUCAACAGGGUCGAAAAAUACUGGGGAACGGGCACGGCAGAGCACAAACAGCCAGAGAACGCGUAGAUAUUAUAAAGAAAAUGAUAUAGGAUAACGGUCCUUAUGUUACGAUAAAGACUCAGCUAUAGUGUAGAAAAAAUUAGCUCAUUAUUCGGAUACGUAUGUGAGGUACCGGUAAACAAGGGACUUGACGUUAGAAUUGUAGACAAAUACUGUUACAUAAAACGUAAAACCACAGUGUAUCGACUUUGAUGAAAAAAGAUGCAAAUCUAUGCAAAGAGCAUAACGUGACGACUCUAAUAAUACUAAUGAGAUGUAAACGUAGGCAAAACAGAUAUUGUAACGACUCUGAUAAAAUAAACGGAUGCAAACGUAUACAAAAACACGUUUAAAAACACGAGGGAAUACGAAUUGAGCUCUGUGUGGUACAUAUCGGUACAUAUGCCGGGACAAAAGUGGGAGGGGCUGCGGUGGGAGUGGCUGUAGUGUAAGUUUUUCCCUCUACACAUGUUAUUUUCUUUAAAAGAAUGUGCGUAGUUUGAUCGGAAUCUGCAUUUGGGUAGGAAGCGGGAAGGCUUUAUCUGCUCCGAAAGUAGUAAAACAAAUUGUAAGC